CUCUCACACUUUGUUCUGCAUCCAAAUCUCUCCUUCCAAGCUUCACAAAUUUCACUCUCAACAUCUCAAAUGGCUGACUGGGGACCCGUACUCAUCGGAGUGGUACUCUUCGUCCUGUUGCAGCCCGGCCUCCUUUUUCAGUUACCCGGAAACGGUAGGCAGGUGGAGUUUGGGAGCAUGAAGACCAACGGCAAAGCAAUCGCUGUUCACACUCUCAUCUUCUUCACCAUCUAUUCCAUCCUCAUACUCGCCGUCCAUGUCCAUAUCUACACCGGUUGACUACACCCGUAUCAGCUGUUGUAAACAUUUUAUGCUUAUAAAACCUACACAUCUCAACUAAUUUCAUCAAUAAUAUGUUUCCUAUUGAUUAAUUUUUCGAUUUUCUUCUUUGAUUUAUCAUCUCCCUUUCUCUUCCGGCUAGAUCUACUUUUUCUCGAGUUUCUUUCGACGAUUCUGUUGGUUUGAGCUUUAUCGAAGUUGAAAUCUCUGAUGCAUGUUGUACAACUCGUUAUUGCUAUGGCUAUGGCUAUGGCAUUAAGAAC